AUGACCGAUCUGAAAACUACUCCUUCAGAAGAAAAUACAUUAUUGACUAAAGGAUAUAAACUAACAAAAUUUGUUGGCGAAGGUGCCUACGCGAAGGUAUAUUUAACUGAAUAUUCUAGUAAAGAAGAUUCACAUAAAUCAACGCUUGCUUGUAAAAUUAUUGAAACGGCAAAGGCCCCAAAGGAUUUCGUUGUAAAAUUUUUGCCACGCGAAAUAGAUGUGCUCGUGCGCUUGAAUCAUCCGCAUCUGAUUCACGUGCAUAGCAUAUUUCAGAGGAAAACAAAAUACUAUAUUUUCAUGAGGUACACGGAAAAUGGUGAUUUACUGAGUUAUAUACUAAAAAACGGGUGCGUGUCGGAAAAUCAAGCUCGCGUCUGGACACGACAACUUGCAUUGGGACUACAAUACUUGCACGAGUUAGAAAUCGCUCACAGAGACAUCAAAUGCGAGAACGUAUUGUUGACGGCGAAUUUUAACGUGAAAUUAUCUGAUUUUGGUUUUUCGCGUUUCUGUGUUGAAAGCGACAAUCAGCCUGUCUUAAGCGAAACUUAUUGCGGUUCUAUGUCAUACGCUGCACCAGAAAUACUACGCGGAAAACCGUAUUGCCCGAAGCCAACGGAUUUAUGGUCCUUAGGCGUCGUACUAUUUGUAAUGCUGAACAAAUCAAUGCCAUUUGACGACACGCGUAUGAGAAAACUUUAUGAACAGCAAAUGGGAAAGAAAUAUCGCUUUAGAUCGCGCGUAGCUAGUAUACUCUCGCUCGAAUGUAAGACUGUUGUAAAGCAUUUGUUAGAACCGGAUCCAGGACUCCGACAUUCCGCUACCAAUGUUCUCGACUCUGAAUGGAUUGCUAUGGAUAGUAGAUUAACCACUUUAAACGCUGUUGAAGCUGCUGCCUUAAAACGUGCCAAAGAAGAUCGUCGAAAAUUAUCGGAUGUCCACAAACAUCCUCCAAAGAGACAAGGGGAUAUAUUAGAAGGACCGACUCGUGAGUCCGCUUUCAGAGCCAGUGAGAUGAUGAAAUCGCUUGCUAACGUUACAUCAAAAUAUAAAAAACAAGAGUAG